AUGUCUACCACCACUUCGAAAAAGAUUGCAAUUGUUACAGGUGCGUCUUCUGGUAUUGGUUAUGCUAUCACUAAGGAAUUAGCUCAACACGACUACAUCAUCUAUGCAUGUGCGAGAAGAUUAGAGCCAAUCCAACCAUUAGUCGAUGAAUUUUCCACUUCAAUCAUCAAACCAUAUAAACUUGAUAUUUCUAUUAUUGAUGAAGUUGUUGCAUUCAAAGAAUUUUUAGAAAAAGAGUUACCAGGCCAAAAAUUAGACCUUCUUUAUAAUAAUGCUGGUCAAAGUUGUACAUUCCCAGCCUUAGAUGUCUCAGAUGCUAACAUGCAAAAAUGUUUCCAAGUUAAUGUAUUUGGUCAUGUUAACAUGUGUCGUGAGUUAUCCAAAUAUUUGAUUAAUGCUAAGGGUACUAUUGUAUUCACUGGAUCAUUAGCUGGUAUAGUAUCAUUCCCAUUCGGAUCUAUAUAUUCUGCUACAAAAGCAGCUAUUCAUGCUUACGCUAGAGGUUUACAUCUAGAAAUGAAACCAUUCGGUGUACGUAUCAUCAAUGCAGUAACCGGUGGUGUUGAUACAAAUAUUUCUGAUACUAGACCAUUACCUGAAGGUUCAAUUUAUGAAUUCCCAGAAGGUAAAGAAGCCUUUGAAGGUAGACAACGUAUGGCUAAGAAUCAUCAUCCAAUGUCGGCUGAAGUAUAUGCUAAGAAAUUAAUGGGUGACAUAUUAAGUUCUAGAGAUCCUGUUGAUGUCUACAGGGGAACAAUGGCUACAUUUUUAGGAUUUGUUUCAUUGUUUGUUCCUUAUUGUAUAUUAGAGUUCGCAUUAAUUAAGAAAUUUCAUUUAACAAAAGUUUUCAAAGUAUUGAAGGAGAGAAAUGCUCAAGGUAAAAAACAAGAUUAG